CGUUUCCUCCCAAAUGUCAACAAUGGUGGCUUCGAUCUGUGCUGUUUUACUUUGUCUGUUUUCUCACGUACUUGGAGGUUUCUAUGGCCAACCUGAACAGGUACAUUUGAGCUAUGGAGAGGAUGCAACAACUAUGGUGGUAACCUGGGUAACCAAAGACCCAACCAAUACCAGCAUUGUUGAGUAUGGCACAAAUGAUAUGAACAUGAUAGCAAAGGGAGUGGCAGAUCUUUUCACGGAUGGUGGCCCAGAAAAACGAAUAUUCUACACGCAUAGGGUCAAAGUGAUGAAUUUGACACCUGGACAAAAAUACAUGUACCACUGUGGGAGUCACCUUGGUUGGAGCGACAUAUUCACAUUUACGGCUAUGCCUCCUGGAAGUGAUUGGAGCCCAAGGUUUGCUGUAUAUGGAGACAUGGGUAAUAUCAAUGCACAGUCUAUGGGUCGACUCCAGGAAGAGACACAACGUGGACACUUUGAUGCUAUAUUACAUGUGGGAGAUAUGGCAUAUAAUAUGGAUACGGACAAUGCAAGAUUUGGUGAUGAGUUCAUGAGACAGGUUGAAGCAGUUGCAGCUUAUAUACCAUACAUGACUUGUGUUGGAAACCAUGAAAGUGCAUAUAAUUUUUCCAACUACAGAGAGAGGUUCACAAUGCCUGCAGCUGGAGGAGAUGGGCAGAACCUCUGGUGGAGUUUUAACAUUGGUCCAGCGCAUAUCAUUGCAUUCUCUACAGAGGUCUACUUCUACACAUCAUAUGGAACUGCACAGAUUAUGAACCAAUUCAGUUGGAUAGAGCAAGAUUUAAUUGAGGCCAAUAAACCUGAAAACAGACAGGCCAGACCAUGGAUCAUAACUAUGGGCCACAGACCUGCCUAUUGUUCCAAUACGGAUGGAGAUGACUGCACAAAACAUCAAAGCAUUGUCAGAACAGGAGGAGGCAAAAGUCCUAGUUUGGAAACGCUGUUUUACAAAGCUGGGGUUGACCUUCAAUUCUGGGCCCAUGAACACUCAUAUGAGAGGGAGUGGCCAGUAUAUAACUUCAAGGUGUGUAAUGGUAGUCUAGAUGCCCCCUACACCAAUCCUCCAGCCCCUGUACACAUUGUUACUGGAUCUGCUGGGUGUCAAGAGAGACAUGAUCCGUUUAUAGCUGACAAGCCAGAUUGGAGUGCAAUCCGCCUCGAUGAUUAUGGGUACACUCGUAUGACAAUCCACAACAGAACCCACUUGUACAUGGAGCAGGUCUCCGAUGAUCAGGAUGGGAAGAUCGUAGACAAAGUGAUGUUAAUCAAAGAUAAACACGGACCUGGGACCUAUAACUGCAUGUAAGAACUAGAAACACCUGCUACAAUUCAUGAUGUAGAUAAUACUCAAAGAAUAGUUUAACUGGAACAUUAUCCCAAACAAUUAGAGUCAUAAAAACAUUAUGACAAUAAGAAAGCUAAUUAUUGAAUAUUAAGAUGGUACUCAAAGAAGAGUCUGGCUGAAACCAGUCUGGUUACAAACAGCUGAUAUAUUAAAAUUGUACUUACAUGUAACGAAUAAUACUAUUGACUGAUAUUUUUUUAUUAUAUAAUCACAAAUAGAUGUUUGUAUUAAAGAUUCCUGUUUGGAUAUUGUAUUUAUGAUGAAUUUAUGAUAGCAGAGUGCCAUAGUAUAUGAUAUAACAAAUGUUUCAGCAUAUCUGGCAUUAGACGUUUAUGAUACUAGUCAUUUAGAUCUAAAGGCGAGAAUCAAAGGAUGUUUCCUAUAAUUCAUAUU